GCUCGAUUCUCUAAUAAAUUAUCCGAGUCUUGAACCACGCUGCUACCAUGGCACUUGAGCCAUUUUUCCGUCAAGUUACCGGUGUGGUGGUCAUUUGUGUACCUAAAUACGUUAGGGUGGCCGCCGUCUGUGUAUAAAUCCCUCGCCUUGCAACCACUGAACAGCCAGGAACUUGACUCCACUUACUUUCUCAGUCAUGCUAUUCACUUUGGCUACUGCCGCCUCUCUCUUCGCUUCUGCCGCUGCUCACGCAACUUGGCAGGAGUUCUGGAUUGGGGACGUCGAUGCUGGUUCAUCGUGCGUACGGCUGCCCGUCAGUAACUCCCCAGUGACCGAUGUUACGAGCGAUGAUAUCGCUUGCAAUGUCGGCGCUACCGCCAGUGCCGGCGUUUGCUCUGUUACCGCCGGUGACGCAGUGACGGUGGAAAUGCACCAACAACCCAAUGAUCGGUCUUGCGCCAAUGAAGCUAUUGGUGGAAACCACUACGGACCUGUGAUUGUUUACAUGGCUGCUGUUGACGACGCGACCACUGCUGUUGGCUCCGAGGCAGCUUGGUUCAAAGUAUCUGAGUCGGGAUUGGUUUCGAACAAUCCGGACUACUUUGGUAAUCAGGUUUUGAACGACAACUGUGGACAUUACACCUUCAACAUCCCGACUGACAUCGCCCCUGGUAACUACCUGCUUCGCGCUGAAACUAUUGCGUUGCAUGUUGCUUCGGGAGAAAACGGGGCUCAAUUCUAUAUGUCUUGCUAUCAAAUCAAUGUCAGUGGCUCAGGAACAGCUACUCCCGACACCGUUAGUUUGCCUGGCGCAUACAGUGCUGAAGACCCAGGUAUUCUUAUCAACAUCUACACACAGCUCAAUACCUAUACCGUUCCGGGCCCCACUUUAUACGGAACCACUGAGGCACCUGUUGCGACGACUUCGUAUCCUACCACUGCGACUUGGAACACUGCUUCGCAGCCCUCAACCGUUCCUACCACAGUUCCUACAUCAUCGUAAGAUGUCUGCAGGUGCAGCGUUAGGUAGCUGUAGUCUAAUGGAAAUACUACGCGUACUCGGCAGCCUUGAAAGUCCGCAAUCUGAUAAGGACCCUGCACGAUCUAUUUAUUCAAAUGCACAGCGCAGCUGCGGA